CCAUAUCCUUACACCUACGUCAUCAACAGUCCUGAGAAAUGCAGCGGUGGUGACGUCAUUCUCGUCGUCAUGGUUACCUCGUCGCCAGGAAACCACGCCCAGCGACGCGCCAUCCGGCAGACAUGGGCCAACGACACUAGCAUACCUGGUAUCAGAACGCUAUUCGCAGUGGGAACAACCGACAAGGCUACGACACAAAGAGGACUGGACCACGAAAGCCAAGUCCACCAAGACAUCAUCCAGGGGAACUUCAUCGAUUCGUAUAGAAAUUUGACUCUGAAGACCGUCAUGUGUCUGAAGUGGGCGUCAGAAUUCUGCUCCGAAACGAAGUUCUUUAUGAAAGCUGACGACAACACGUUUGUGAAUAUCUUUACCUUACUAAGACAUCUGCGGGGACUGGGUUCAAACAAGACAGAGAGAUUUGUGAUGGGUUGGAUAUACAACACCGGAGGGAAGCCGAAACGCACUCCCGGGAACAAGUGGUACCUCAGUCGGCAAGACUAUCCCAGGGACACGUUUCCCAAAUACCCCUGCGGAUUCGCCUACAUACUUUCUAACGACAUGACGGGCUUGCUCUACCAGGUGUCGUUGACCUUGAAGUACCUGUUUCUCGAGGACGUGUUCCUGGGACUCUGUUUGGAGAAACUGGGCGGUGUGACCUUCGCGCACGACGAACGAUUCAAGCUUUGGAUGCAAGUUCCAUCUUCCACAAGCGCCGCAGACACAGUCGCCACAAGCGCCGCAGACACAGUCGCCACAGUCGCCACAAGCGCCACAGUCGCCACAAGCGCCACAGUCGCCACAAGCGCCACAGUCGCCACAAGCGCCACAGUCACCGCAGUCGCCACAGUCGCAGUCGCCGCAGUCGCAGUCGCCACAGUCGCCACAGUCGCCGCAGUCGCAGUCCCCACAGUUGCCACAGUCGCCGCAGUCGCAGUCCCCACAGUCGCAGUUCCCGCAGUUCUUUUUACCAUCAUGUGGAGGCGCGGCUGCAGUACCUAG